GACGUUUCAGCUCAACACCAACAGCUCGCGAUUCAAAAUCAUACUUUCUUGCAAUGGAAAUAAUGGCCAAUCACUAGCUAGAUGGAACAUUUCACGCCACUGUCAUACGACGAGUCAGAAUGAUUUUCCCACAAUGCACUUCUUUUGUUAGGCUAAAAAUGUAAAUAAAGUUGGGCUAUUUUAUUUCAGUGUGGCAAUCUUUAUAUACUUUUGAAAGAUGACUUUCAGAGCUGUUUGCAAUUAUGGCGGACGACAAACUAAAGUUGAUCUCCUCACAGAUAAGAAAUAUCCCUGAUUUUCCAAUUCCUGGCAUUUUGUUUAGAGAUAUCUGCCCACUUUUAAAACAUCACGAGGCAUUUUCAGCCACUAUUCAACUUAUGUCUGAUUGUAUUAAAGAGAAUUAUUCUAAUGUUGAUGUGAUUGUUGGCCUUGAUUCACGUGGUUUUCUGUUUGGUCCUGGAAUUGCUAUGAAAUUGGGCAUAGGUUUUGUCCCUAUUAGAAAGCAGGGCAAACUACCAGGGGAAACAAUAUCUGUGGAUGCGGAGAAGGAAUACGGCAAGGAUGUGUUGGAAAUACAGAAAGAUGCAAUUUCUCCCGGACAAAAUGUGGUGAUUGUGGAUGAUCUUCUUGCAACAGGAGGUACAUUACUGACAAGCUGUAAAUUGUUGGAGCAGCUUUGCGGGAAAGUAUUAGGUUGUGUUGUUGUUUAUGAAAUUGCGGAAUUAAACGGUGCAUCAAAAGUACCUGUCAAGUGUAUUUCAUUGCUGAAAGGAUAAACGGAGCUUAUGAAUGCCAAGAUAAACUUUUAUUUAUCAAUGUACGUAUGAUGUUCGUGCGUAAAGUAGUGAAGAGUUAGACUCUUCCUAUCAUAGUAAAUAAAUUAAUUUAGACGGCUUUAAGUCUUUAAUUCACUGUCUUUGUUUUGCAAAUAAAUUUUGUUUUUUGAUUCAUA